GGCGUGAACGAAGGAUUAGUCAGAGAUCGCUCAGUGCUGAACUGGACGCUGAUAUCGUUCAUUCGUUGUAUUAUAUUUCCAGAAUAGUGUCGCAAUGGUGUCGCACUCGCUGGCUUUACCGAUGAUUUGUUUCACCACGCUGUGGGGUCUGGUCGGGGUUGUCGCCCCGUUUUUUGUACCGAAAGGACCAAACAGAGGUGUCAUCAUAACCAGUUUGGUGCUGACCGCCGUUUGCUGCUAUUUAUUCUGGUUAGUAGCAAUACUGGCCCAAGCAAAUCCUCUAUUUGGACCCCAGCUUAAAAACGAGACCAUUUGGUAUCUGCGCUACUUCUGGGAGUAGAUGGAGGUGGCAUUCAGAAGAUUCAGAAUCUCAUCAGGAUUUUUGUUUUCUUAUAUGUCGCUAUUAUAAUCAGUAAACCCCACAAAAUAGUGAAGGAAGGACUCCCGAGGGAACAGCAUUUGUACGAGGAAAAACAUAAACUUGUUACUUAAUAGAACAUUUUGAAAUAGCAUACGGAGUAGUAUUCUUAAAAUGCACAAAGAAAUGUUGUAGUGAUGUUCUUGUGAUCUUAAAAGAAUUUUAAGAACUUAAUUUUAAGAAAUUGUUUCGUUUUGUUGCGCACCGAGGCACGGGUUUGUCUGUUUUAGUCUUUUUAAUAUUAUGUUGUCCUCACUUGCAUGUGAUACUGUAUCCAAGUUUACCUGAUGAAAUUAUUUUUAUAUUUAUUAAUUUUAUUUGUAAAUGUGAUCGAUAUUCUGUUGAUAUUUUAUGUCUUCGUGUAAAGAUUUUGAAGUUGUGUCUCAAUGAAUAAAAUGAGUGAAAAAGUGCAA